AUGGGGGCAACAGAUAAGGCUGCGUUUCAGGAUCUAUUCCCAGCCCUUGAGUCCUUCCAAGAGGUUGACGAGCUUAGGGAUCUUGCGCGGUUGCGCAGCCAGGGACACUCACAGGUAGUCCGAUCUAGCACCGGCAGCCCGAGUCAUCGCAACUGCAAUAAGCGACCAGUUCCCAUAUCCAAGAUCUGGUAUGGGGUAGAGGGACGUUUUCCUUCUAUUUGGAAAGGAAAUGCUGCAAGGCAGCUUCGUGAGCGCGAGAGAGCGAGCAUUGCCGAGGCGCCGACCUGUGGUGCGUUGUACCGUCACCCGACCUUGAGCCGAAGCCAAGUUUUUGCCUUUUCUAUCUCCGGCUGCUUUGUCACCAUGUCGGUCUUCCGGUCCCUAGUGCCCAACAACACUGCAGUGUGGUGUCUUUACAGGGGAGGCAGAAAGCCUUGUUCUGUUGGACACGCCAUACUGGGCAUGCGCGUGGAAGGCAUAUUAACAGAACGGACACAAUCGUCCUUGAUCAACGAAGUCGCGACGCCUUUGUAUAACGCAACACGUCGUAUUCUACGAAAUGGAACAUGCGAACUUAAUUCCCGUGCAUCGGAGGCGGAUGAGAUGGCGGAUUGUGUUGAUCAAGGAGUAUAUGACGAGGCUUGUUCGGACGCCUUUGGCGUCGUCACUUUUUGGUUCCUUUAUGAGAUUAUGUUGGCAUCGUUGAUGGGCCACUGGUCACUUUAUAUUUUCUGGGGAGGGUUCUCAUGGAUUUCGCCCGAUCUCCAAAACCAGUCCAUCUCUUACGUUGGAGUCGGCGGGAUAACAAAGGGGAGGAAUGAUUUCAUACAAGUUAUUGUGCGAAAGGUUUCUUCAGCGUCAACGCACGCGUCGUCUUGGACGAGCAUAUGGUUCCGCACCGUUACCUGUCUCCUCCGGCCCG